UGAUGGCUGCUACAGAUGAUCUUAGGCUAUUGUUCAUGUAUAUCUGAUGGCGGCCGUCCUCCCCAUUUAAGACACUGUUGCCAUAGCAGCAGAACCCAAACUUUGUGUUGGGUCGGGCAGCUAGCGGCGAAUUUUACUCUAGUUGUCAAAAACCAGUCUGUGAGGAUGAGCGCUGGACGGCCGUCUGAAGCGGCGGGCUGCGUCACCUGGUGGGGCUUCAGUCCUGCGCGCGACCUGCUGACUCCGGGCCCUGCAAGACCUGAAGGACAGGUCAAUGUUUUGCUGGUUGGCAGCGCAGAUCCACGACAUAUUUUGAAGACCAUUGCUGGUUUCCCAAGCGAAGGAAGCCUCCAUGUGUGGGUGAUAGAAAACAGCAUGGAGGUAGUGGCUAGACAGCUGCUGCUUCUCUACUUGGCUCUGAUGCCCCUGGAAGGCAUGGGACAUAAUGAGAAAACAGAGGUUUUCCUGGAGGUGUUUGGGAACGGUGAGAUCCGCAGUCAGACGGAGGAGACGCUGAGAUGUGCAGCAUCACAGCUCUCUCUGUCUGUUACUGAAGCACUGGAGACGCCCACACACCCCUGUCUGAACACGACUCUUCUCAAGUUCAAGGAGAGAGAUGAGCUGGCCAGGAUAUUCAAGCUGUGGAUGCAGCCUCAGUCUUCAUUGUCUAUCUCAAUGUCCAAAGCCUGGGAUUAUCGGGUCAGGCAGCACCUCGGAACACGUUACAACUCCAAGAUGGGCUGCUUCGAUUGGGACCUUACAAUGAAACUGCACCAAAAAGGGUGUGGUCUCAUUAACAAACAACAAUACAUGCAGUGGAGGGAGCGGGGUUUGGCAUUCGAAAUGAGGGAAGGUGUCUACCAGAUGACCAAUCCAAGUUUGCUUUCUUCAAGAGUCUUCAGUAAGAGAGGGAACAGAGUGGCUGUCAGGGGCUACUGGGGAGACAUUGUUUCCAGUCCCUACCUCACCUUUGGAAUUGAAACUGAUGACGAGAGCCUGCUGAAGACACAGAAUGGGCAACACAUUAAGACAGCGCAGGAUAUCUCCUUUGUCAAUGUACAGGCAUUGUUCCAGUCCCUGUCCAGUAGACGGUGCUUCCCCACUACCUCUCAAUCAGACACAGAGAUAAAAGAGCCAUCCCCACAGGUUGACCGAAAAUCUGUCACUAUUGACGACCUGAUACAUCUUAAUAGAGUCUCUGUGACGUUCCUGCCUAUGGAUUCACUUCAAAAGCUGCCAGAUAAACAGAAAUACUCCCACUUCUUUAACACCAUCUACUUCUCUGCAAGCUGCGCGCACCAGUUGGGCCCAGCAUUGAGACAGAUUGCAGCCCCAGACGCCGUGCUCGUCGUAGAGUUGGCCAAGUACAUUUUGGAUCUGAACAAAGAGCAAGAGGAAGGCUUUGCAAAGAAAGUGGCAAGCAUCGCUCUCCAGGGUGGAUUUGAGCCUUGGCAUGAGGGGAAGAGUGAUGACGUACAUGCUGUUUUCAUACCACAGAGGAAGACGUAAAGGUGGUUAAUAUCAUCAGAGCUCUGCUCCCAUUGUCAGCAGCUUUAGUUUUACUGUAUAAAACAGUCUAGUCAAGGUGAUUUUGCAUCACAGCUCAGACAUUUUAUAAGAUCUUAAUCUUUAUUUUUCCUUCAUAAAGAAGUUAAAGGUGCAAUAUGGAAGAAUUGGCAACCUGUUCUCUAAACAAAUAGGAGGCAGCAUAUCACCAGAGAAACUGCCUACUGCUGCUAGCUGUAGCUUACCUAGUUCCAGGCUAGUCUCAGUUAGCUGUGCAGCUAACUAUAAAAUGUUUUUUACCAGAAUUCUUACAUAUAGUCCCUUUGAGCUUCAUCCGUUUGUGGUAUUCCCUCUGCAGUAGCUGUGAAUUUUACUAUGUUUUAAUCUAAACUCUUUAAGAGUAAUACUCAGAAUUUAUUUCCAAUUUGAAUGACACUGAUAUAACAUCCAUUUUAUGUAUACGUGCAUUUUAAUGAUUACAGACACAACUGUGAAUGAAUGUAUUUCAAUAAAUGUCAAACAAAUACUA